AUGUCAGACCUAUCAAAAUUUGAUACAUUUAACUUAACAGAUCAAUUAUUAGAAACAACAAUAACUCCCAAACCAAAUUCAAAAGAUGAUACUAAUACAACAUUAACAACCCCACCACAACAAACAAAAGAUUAUUGGAAAUUUAGAUUAUCUAUUAAAUUAAUUCAAGAUAUUUAUGUAUUUCCAGAAGAUGAAAAUUCAAAAAGAGAAUUUUAUGAUACUAUAUCAACUGAUUUAAUUAAAGUUUAUGGUAAAAAUAAAUCACCUGGGAAUAGAGGUAUUAAAAUCAAUUCUAAUCUCGGUAAUGAAUUAAAUAUUGGUACAAAUUUAAUGGAAAUUGGUACACAAUCUUGUUUAUUUGAAAAUGAAUAUAAAGGGAAUCUUUUAUUUUACGUUUCUAAAUAUUUUGAAAUUUUUAAAAAUUAUUUUAGUUUAUUAAAAAUUAAUGAUUUGGAACAAAAAUAUUUGAAUUUAAUAUUUUUAGUAUUUUUUAAUUAUUUAGAAGAUAGUGAAUUUGCAAGUAAGAUUAAUAAUUUAUGUACUCAUCAAAAUCAAAUUCGAUUAAAUUUUGAAAAACAAUGGUUAAGAGAUAAUUUAAAAUUAUAUAUGAUUGAAGUUUUUCAGAUUUUUUUCAAAAAUUAUUCAUUAGCUUCUGAAUUUUACAAGAAGAUGCAGAUAAAAUGUUGUAAAAAUAAUUGGAAAUUCUUGGAAAAUUUAAUUAAUCUUGUUUUAAUUAAUUAUUCAACUUUGAAGAAUUACAAAUUUGAAGAAAUUGGUUUAAAUUUAGAUCCAAAAUUUGCUAUUAUUAAUCAUAGUUGUUUACCUAAUGUUUUACAAAUUGAAUAUCAGCCAAAAAAAUUUCAAAUAAUAAACACACUCCCAUUGAAAACCGGUGAUGAAUUAUGUAUCAACUAUAUUCCAAUUAAUGGUAUUCCUCAAGAAAUUCGAAAUUAUCAACUUAAUUUAAAUUAUUAUUUCAAAUGUGGUUGUAAAUUAUGUAAAUCAAAAAAUGAUAUUUUUUUCACAAUGCAAUGUAAUGAAUGUUUCAAACCAAUAAAAUCAUCAAGUUUAACAUCAGUUUUAACAACUAGUAGUGCAAUCCUCAAGGAAACUUCAUGUUCAAAAUGUUUCCAUCCUUUUGAUACCGAGAUAUAUACAAGACAAAUAUUAAUUCGUAAUUUUUUUAUGGCUUUAAUGUUAAGGAAUUCAAAACUGAAUUAUAAUUUUAAUGAUGAUGGUUAUUUUACAAUGUUACAAAAGGAAUUUACAACAAUGAUUGAAAAUAAUUCUGUAACAUAUUUAAUUAAACAAUUGUUUGAAUCAAAGGAUAAAUUUAUAAUCCCACCUGAAAGAAUUCCAUUUGUUAAAUCAUUAAUUGAUGAAGUUAUGACUGGUAAAGUAUUUGCAUUAUAUACAUUCCCAUUCAAUUUAAUUGUUGAAAAAAUAAGUAAAGAAUGUUGUGAAUUUAAUAAUUUUGAAUCAGGUAUGGAAUACUUGAAAUAUUAUUCUAGGGUUUUGUUUGCUAUAAAAUUACCAUCUGACAUAUCAAAUCAAUUGUUUUUUAAUGAAUGUUUAUACUUGGAAAUUUCUGAAAAUAUCGAAAAGUUAAUGCAAAAAUUAUAUGAUGAAAAAAUAAACACAUAUUUUGGAACUUUUAAAGAAUCAAUGGAAUUAUUAGCAAGAUGUCAAUUUUUCUUUUUAAAACAUGUUAAAAGUAAAUUUAAAAUUAUUGAAAUUGAAGAAAAAAUUAAAAAAUUAUGUGAAAUUUAUCAACCUAUUAAAUCAACAAAAUCAGUUCAUUCUUGUUUAGAACAAUUGUUCAUUUACGCAAAUGCAAAUAUUUUUAUAACAAAAACAAGAUUUUUAAUAUUCAAUGCUAAACAAGAACAAGUUACUUUGUUUCAUACAUUUGAUUCAGAUGAUCAUCUUUGA